UUUUUUCCCAAGUUAAGUCGUCGGCGAGCGCCAUCAUUUAACGCGAGCAGCGCAUCUGGGUGGAGCUGUCGUAGUGUACAGAGCACUGAAGGCUGCCGGAGCUCUGACCGGAAUGAGUGUGAUAGAUCAUGUACGAGACAUGGCUGCGGCCGGGCUGCACUCUAACGUGCGCUUACUGAGCAGUCUCCUGCUGACCAUGAGCAACAACAACCCGGAAAUGUUUUCAUCAUCCCAAAAGUACCAGCUAUUAGUAUACCACGCAGACUCGCUCUUCCAUGACAAGGAGUACAGAAAUGCCGUCAGCAAGUACACCAUGGCUCUACAGCAGAAAAAAGCAUUAACCAAGACCUCUAAAGUCAGGCCUUCAACGGGGAAUGCUGCUACAACGCCCCAAAAUCAGAGUCUCCCAUCAGAGAUUGAAGUAAAGUAUAAAAUGGCAGAAUGUUACACCAUGCUCAAACAAGAUAAAGAUGCUGUUGCCAUAUUGGAUGGCAUCCCUUCCCGACAAAGAACUCCAAAGAUCAAUAUGAUGCUAGCCAAUUUGUACAAGAAGGCCGGGCAAGAACGAUCUGCUGUGACAAGUUACAAGGAAGUGUUGAGACAGUGUCCUUUGGCGCUAGAUGCCAUUUUAGGUCUGUUGUCCCUUUCUGUAAAAGGUGCAGAAGUAGCCUCCAUGACACUGAAUGUUAUUCAGAGCAUUUCCAAUCUGGACUGGCUCUCUGCCUGGAUCAAAGCGUAUGCCUUUGUGCACACAGGGGACAACACCAGAGCAAUUAAUACAAUCUGUUCUUUAGAGAAGAAAUCAUUGCUGAGAGACAAUGUGGACCUGCUGGGGAGCUUGGCUGACCUAUAUUUUCGGGUAGGCGAUAAUAAAAAUGCCAUUCUGAAGUUUGAGCAGGCACAGAUGUUGGACCCUUAUUUGAUUAAAGGAAUGGAUAUAUACGGAUAUUUGCUAGCUCGAGAAGGGAGGUUGGAGGAUGUGGAGAGCCUUGGCUGUAGAUUAUUCAAUAUAUCUGACCAACACGCUGAGCCUUGGGUGGUGUCGGGGUGUCACAGCUUCUACACAAAGAGACAUUCCAGAGCUCUGUAUUUGGGAGCCAAAGCAAUCCAACUCAACAGCAACAGUGUUCAGGCUUUGUUAUUGAAGGGGGCAGCUUUGAGAAACAUGGGUAGAGUGCAAGAGGCAAUCAUUCACUUUCGAGAAGCAAUCCGCCUAGCACCCUGUCGAUUGGACUGUUGUGAAGGGCUCAUUGAAUGUUAUCUGGCAUCUAAUAGUGUCCGGGAAGCUAUGGUCAUGGCCAAUAAUGUUUACAAGACUCUUGGAGCCAACGCGCAGACACUGACUCUACUGGCAACUGUGUGCUUGGAAGAUCCAGUAACUCAAGAAAAGGCAAAAACCCUUCUAGACAAAGCACUUUUACAAAGGCCAGAUUACAUAAAGGCGGUCGUAAAGAAAGCUGAACUACUCAGCCGAGAACAGAAGUAUGAAGAAGGCAUAGCUCUGUUACGAAGUACUCUUGCAAAUCAAAGCGACUGUGUCCUGCAUCGUAUGCUGGGUGACUUCCUUGUUGCUGUGAAUGAAUUUCAGGAAGCUAUGGACCAGUACAGCAUUGCUCUCAGUCUGGAUCCAAAUGAUCAGAAGUCACUCGAGGGAAUGCAAAAAAUGGAGAAGGAAGAGAGUCCAACAGAUGCUACUCAAGACGAAGAUGUGGAUGACAUGGAGGGUAGUGGAGAAGAAGGAGACUUGGAAGGAAGUGACAGUGAGGCAGCCCAGUGGGCAGAUCAAGAGCAGUGGUUUGGGAUGCAGUGAGUUGGUACAAUAAAUGGAUGUAUGUGUCCUGAAUUUUUUUUUUUAGGACCUACAAUCCAUAUCCAAG